AUUGCCCGCCGACCUUCAGUAGGCUGAGAGGCAGGCAGGCUGGGUCCGCUCCCCCAUCCCCAAGCCGCUGUGCAGCCAGGAGCAUCCCUCCCCCAGCAGAGAGGGGCUGCUGCACCCGCAGCUGUGGUAACAGCAAGUGCUUCCCGACCUGUAUUCUCGCCCAGGUGCCUCUGCUUGCAGAGAAACUAGUUCAAGGAAGCCAGCGAUGUCUCGGCCAGGCAAAAAGAGAAGCAGAGCAACCUUGGCAGAUAAAGAGGGGCCUGCUACUAAAUUCGCCAAAAGUAAGAUUCAGGAGGAGGAAGAAUCCAUGAUGCCUGCAGCUAAGGAGAGGAAUUCAAAGCCCAUGGGGAGCGGCACAGGAAAGGCUACCAAGGAGGCCUGCCCUAGCGUGCAGGGAAGCAAGCAAGCAUACAGCCACUGGCUGAUGAAAUCAGAGCCGGAGAGCAGGUUCCAGAAGGGAGUGGAUGUGAAAUUCGGCAUUGAAGACUUAAAGGCUCAACCCAAUCAGACAGCAUGCUGGGAUGGAGUCAGGAAUUACCAGGCACGGAAUUUCAUGAGAGACAUGAAACUUGGGCAAGAAGCAUUUUUCUAUCACAGUAACUGCAAAGAGCCUGGGAUUGCUGGAAUUAUCAAGAUUGUGAAGGAGGCUUACCCAGACCACACUCAAUUUGACAAGAAGGACCCUCACUACGAUUCCUCCAGUACCAAGGAGAACCCCAAGUGGUCGAUGGUGGACGUCCAAUUUGUGCGGAUGACUAAGCGCUUCAUCCCCCUGUCCGAGCUGAAGGCUCAACACCAGGCACACAAAGCUUCGGGAGGCCCGCUGAAGGACAUGACACUCUUCACCAGGCAGAGGCUCUCUGUCCAGCCCCUGACAGAUGAGGAAUUUGAAUUUGUCUUGAGCCUUGAAGAGAAACCAAGUUAGACAGACUGCAGCAGCAGGACCCGUCAAGGCUGAAAAUUCCCCUCCUCCAGCCAGGACCCUCCCUUCCAAAUUUAUAUUCUCAAACCCAACCCCAGGGAAGACGCUGCAAGCGGACCAAAAGGAGGUGUAUAUACUCACUGUUAUUUUGGUGCACCGUGCUUAUUUUUAAAUAAAGCUUUUUUAAAGUCA